CCCCUGUUUCGCCAUGCGGGGGCGCUACGUGCCGAAAAGCUCCGCACCUCUGAGCAGAAGAAGAAGUCCUCCACCACGACUUUGACGUUUAGCCGAAGCGGCCGUUUUGACCUUCCAGCUGCAGCGAGACAAACUGAAAAAUGGUUGGAAGCGCCUUUUCAAGAUGGUGGACAAAGUUGGGCCCUUACUACACUAAGGCAUACCCAGAAAUGUGGGUUGGGGUUGCCCUCACGGCAGUCCUCUAUUUCAAGAUUUCCUAUGGUGGCAAGAAGGCAGUGAAGCCAAGCCCUGAACACUGAAUGCGCAACCAUGCCGAACACCUGUUCACCUGUUAAUAUAAUGCCCCUCUCACCAAUCCUGAAGUCCUGCUUCAUAUUGGGAUUUUUGUUAAUAUGGAUCAAAUAAAAUUAAUACCCCCAACUUA